AUGGCUGUGGAGGAUCUCCGGGCUUCCAGCACCCCUUUCUCGCUCUCCUUUUCGGGCAGUGGCUUCCUGGCCCUGUACCAGGUUGGGGUGGUGCAGUCCCUGCUGGAGUUGGCUCCUGAGCUCCUCAAGUCCGCCUGCAAGGUCUACGGCUCCUCGGCCGGGUCGCUCAUCGCCGCCGCCGUCGUGUGCGGCGUCGGCCUCGAUGACCUAAAGGAGUUUUUCUUUGCACUGGCAACGGAAGUCAGGAAAACCAUCCUGGGCCCCCUCUCUCCCAAGUGCAGCUUGCUGGCCAAUCUCAAAACUGUCCUGCAGCGGAUGCUGCCGGAGGAUUCCUACCUGCUGGCCUCGGGCCGGCUGCACAUCUCGCUGACGCGGGUGGUGGAUGGCCAGAACGUCAUGGCCUCGGAGUUCAGCUCCAAGGAGGAGCUCAUUCAGGCUCUCCUCUGCAGCUGCUUUCUUCCAAUUUACUGUGGAUUCAUCCCUCCAUCCUACCGAGGAGUGCGCUACGUGGACGGAGGCUUCACAGGCCUGCAGCCCGUGUCCAGCCUGGAGGAGCCCGUGAUCACCGUGUCCCCGUUCACCGGUGAGCUGGACAUCUGCCCCCGCGACUGCCCCGCCAUCUUCUUCUGCUUCCAGAUCUUCAAUGGCAGCAUCCAGAUCUCCAUAGAGAACCUGUGCAGGAUCAGCUACGCUCUCUUUCCACCCAGCACCAUGGUCUUGAACGACAUUUUCUCCCAGGGGUACCAGGACACUGCCCUUUUCCUGUACAGGAACAAUGCCUUUGGCUUUAACUACUUCGAUGGCAAUUUCCGCUUUGGCAGCACCUGUGGGAAGAAUGACUCUGGAAAACCCAACGGGACACACCCUGGCCUGUAG